UUGGCUGCUGGGGUAGGGGGGCGGGGAUCGGCGGUAUUCUUGACAUGGCAGACAGUGGCAGCUGGCGGCCGCCGCGGCCCUGCGAGACCUACCGCGCCGAGUGGAAGCUCUGCCGCAGCGCCGGACACUUCCUGCACCACUACUACGUCCACGGCAAGCGGCCCGCUUGCGAGCAGUGGCUGCGCGACCUGGCCAGCUGCCGCGACUGGGAGGAGCGUCGUAGCGCCGAGGCCCAGGUGCGCCGCGAGGGAGGUUGGGGAAACCAAUCCCUGUGUGAGAGCGAGCGGGCACGUGUGCAAGCUGCACGGAAGCACACCCUGGUGUGGGCCCUGAGGCAGAGUCCCCCUGCAGACUGGCACCUCCCUCUACAAGAGAAGGACAAGUGACGAGCACCCCUGCCCUUGACCUGUGUGGCUUCCUCAAGUCUGCUGCAAGUGGGGCUAUGACCAUCCCAGUCUAGUGGGUCCCUGUAAGCUCCUGCCUGGCCUGAAACACAGAGCAGUACAUCUCCAGCUGUACCUGCCCACCCCUUAUCUGCAUCAGGGCACCACUACAAGUCUCUGAGAGACAACUGAGCCUACUUCACAGCUUCCAGGAAACCAAGUGUUGUGGCAGGUACCUGUGAACAGCCAGGUCAGGCUGGCUCAGAUCUCUCAUAGUCCUGAGGGGUAACUCUGACCUGCAUGAAAAUGUGACUGGGUCAGAACGAGGUGGCAAAAGAUCUGUGCUGCUGUGAACACCUCUUCCUGUCCUGGGGAAACAGGUCAUCACAUCCCAGGCUUGGUGACUACCAUAUAUUGCCAGCCCCAGCAUCCAAACAGGGAGUUCACACUCUGAUCAGGUGCAUUGCAGAGAUAGAUGGAGCAUGCCAAGCAGACAGGCCUCACUGCCCCUCUGCCCCAGCACACUUCACCAAAGGUUUCCAACAAGGCCCUUAGAAACUCAGGGUUUUUUUGUUUUGGUAUUUUUCUUUGGUUCUUUGAGACAGUGUCUAGCUGAAUGGUCCAGGCCAGCCUGGAACUCAGUGCGUAGCCACAUUGGUUUCAAACUCCUGCCUUAGCCUUCCAAAUUCUGCAAUCUCAAGCAUGUGCCACCUUGCCUGGUGAGACUCCAGUUUUUAAGAAACAUACAACCUAGCUGGGGAUGGUUGUACAUGACUAUAAUCACAACACUCUGGGAGGCUGAGGCAGGAGGAUUACAAAUUCAAUUCCAGCCUGGACAAAUUAGCAAUUUAGUGAGACCCUGUCUCAAAAUAAAAAAUUUUUAAAAGGCUUGGGGAUGUAGCUCAGUGUGGAGGUCUUGGGUUCAUUCCCCUCAAUACUGCAGAAAACAAAAAAACCAAACCAAAAAACACAGCUUUAUAAGCUUUCAUGGAGUCUUGGCUUAAGAAAUCCAAGCCCAGAAAGAGAUGGGGGGGAGGAGGGAAGGAAGGGAGGGGAAGAAGUAAAAAGAAUUAAGAUGAGUUAUAUACAUGUUCACGAUGUUACAUGAUGACUCUAAUCACUAUGCACUGCAAAUAUGUACUAAUAAAAUAUUUUUAAAAAUCCACGCCCAAAGGGCUAGGGGUAUGGCUCAGUGGUAGAGAGUUUGCCUAGUAUGUAUAAGCCCAUGGCUUCCAUCCUCAGCAAAGAAAGAAAAAAAGAGCAAAAGAAAACCAAGCCUGAAGCACAUGGGAUUUAGGUCUCUUUCCCUCAGAAUUUCCCCUGAUUAUGUAUCAAAAACUAUUUCACAUGUUUGAUUCCAAAUAAAAGUUGAAAAAUCCA